AUGCUGGAAUCCGUCUUCCAGCCCAUCGCCGAUGCGGCCGGUGCACCCAUCGACUACAUCAAGCUUUUCAUCUCUUUGCUCUCGGCCUUCCCUCUGGCAGCUGUCUUUCCAUACCUGCCAUCGCCCGCAGCAAAGCAUCUCUACAGCUUGGUUAUCUCGUUCAUCUUCUUCGUGCCCAUCCUCAAUCUCUAUGGCGGCUUUCUACAGCUCCUUGGCUCGGCGCUGCUGACCUACUUCAUCUGCAUGUUCAAGGUCGGCGGCCAAAACAUGGGCUGGCUCGUGUUUGCACUGCAGAUGGGCCACUUGACCUACAAUCAUGGUGUUCGCAAGUUUGGAGGCAUCCCUCUGUCGACGCUCGAGAUCACGGCGAUGCAGAUGGUCGCUGUGAUGAACCUCACCACGUUCGCUUGGGACUGUUACGAUGGUCAGAUCCGCACAGAGGCCGAGUGCGAUGACUCGCAGAAGAAGAGCCGUAUCACCAAGAUGCCGUCCAUCCUCGAGUUCCUGGGCUACGUGUUCUACUUUCCUGGUGUCUUGAUCGGCCCUUCCACCCGCUUCUGCGAUUACCGAGCCUGGAGCACCGGCGAGCUGUUCGCAUCACCCAAGGGCAAAGAGAAAGCUACCGGCCGCACUGGUCCAGCUUCUCUCCCCAACGGCCGCCUCUUCGCCUCUUUCCGUGAGCUCUUCGCCGGCAUCGGCUUUAUGGCCAUCUACUCGGUCUUUGCGCCCGCCUAUUCCUACGAGAAGCUCAUCGGUCUCCACGGCGGUCUGCACCACCUUCGCUGGUACCAAAAACUCGUCUGGAUCCAAGUGGCCGGCUUCAUGGCGCGCACUAAGUACUACGGAAUCUGGUCGCUCACCGAUGGCGCGUGUAUCCUCUCCGGUCUCGGCUACAACGGCGUCGACCCCACCAGCGGCAAGACGCGCUGGAAUCGAUGCCGCAAUGUCGAUAUCCCCAAGAUCGAGUUUGCCAACAACUGGAAGGAGCUGCUCGACGCGUGGAACAUGAACACCAACGUGUGGCUGCGAAACAACGUCUACAAGCGCAUCGCUCGCCCUGGCAAGAAGCCCGGGUUCAAAUCGACCAUGACCACCUUCUUCACCUCUGCGUUCUGGCACGGGUUGGAACCGGGUUACUACCUCAGCUUCGUCCUGGCCGGGUUCAUGCAGUCGGCAGCAAAGACGCUGAGGAAGCAUCUACGACCUGUCUUCUUCUCUCAGCCCAACGUGGCCAACCCGACCUUCGCCAAUGUACACACCUUCUCGGUGCCGCAGCUGGCGUACUGCACGGCAUCCGUGUUGGCCUCGCAGGCGACGCUCAACUACGCCGUUGCGCCGUUCAUGCUGCUUGAGCUGCGCGCGUCGAUUGCCGGCUGGAAGGCCGUCUACUUCUACGGCCAUAUCUUGACGUUUGUCACUAUCCUCGCUUUCCAGAAUGGACUGGGUCGGGCGCUGGACAAGAAGAGCGGACGGGCGAAGCUCAGCAAGCGCGGCGAGUCGGAGAAGCCAAAGGCGUUUGCGAGCGGGUUCACGACCGAUGCGGACAGCGAUGCCGAGGGCUUGCGCAACCGCACGAGGAACGGUGCAAAGAAGCUGCUCGACGAGCAGGCCGAGGACGUGACGGCGUUGGCGCCCGAGCCAAUCUCGUAA